GAGACCUUUCCAUGCUGCCGGGCCUUUUCGGACGUUACAAAGCCCAGGUGGCCUUAUGACACUUGAGGCUCCACUUUCAGUGAAGAAGCUUCGUAUGAUCAAGUCCCUCUUGCGAGGCCUUACAAAAUUCGCUCGAAGAGGAUGAGGAGAGUUGAUCGAGUGGAGUCCCUCCCUCGUCUGACAAGCUCGACAUGGCUGGACGAAAUUGCACACAGAAAUAUAACCGAACUGUUGAAAGUACCCAUCGCUCGAGGUGCAGCUGAGCUGAGAAAACACUUUUUGGGGAAAGAGGAAUUCCGCAUAUGCCGGCCCCAAGUGACGGGAAGAUUUGUGAAAUCUUGCAGAGAUGCUCGAUCGAGUCUUCGACACCAUAGAUCGAGCGAGACGCAGGCUUUGGACUGAAGCGUGCGUGCACUUUCACAACAGAGCACACUACGAACCGUGUUCUCAGAGCGAGAGUGAGAGAGAGAGCGAGCGAGAGCCACAGGCACCUUCUUGCAUUCAGGGGCAUAGCAGCAGCACUGACAGUCAGAUGUAAGAUGAUAAAGUGCCGAGACCAGUCCAGUCCAGUCCAGUGCAGUGCAGUGCAGUGCACAAGGUGAAUGAACACCCUUCCCUUCCCUUGCCUUGCAUCGGCCGACCUUGGCGCAGUGCUCUCACCAACAGAGCUUUAGUAACCAUACCUCCCCCAUCCAGUGGAAUGCACAUCUUUUGAGACCAACCACAAUGUCAUGUCAAAGGCCUUGAAAGUGGUUUGCAUAGCCUCGUGCUAGUCGGUCGGUCGCGGACCCAAAAGCGAGAUGGAUGUGUUCCCUUUGUGUGAGUGUUCCAGCGCUUGCCAUCGAGGUUUCUGCUGAGUUCAUCUGAGCUGAACAUCUAUGGAGAAGAAGACUGCUUGAUGCUCACCACGCGUGUUUGAGAAAGGAGGGGACACAAGGCCAGGGAAGAGAUGAAGAGACAGAUGUGGAUGUCCAGCUGGUGCUGGAGUUUUGCUAGCACUUGUCAGAAUUUCGUUCCAGUAUGUCCCUGAAUUAUACAUCGGGGCAAGACAUACCUCCCUUCACAGGACCUUCGUAAACAACGCUAUAUAUCUUACACGUUAUUAUUAUGAGGUCGAUGAUUUUAUCGCUUGCACUUAAGAUCGGUCUCUAUUCGAAAAUGUCUCUUCGUGCAACUUAAAUCAUCUCGUGCAUGAGCCAACCUUAAACCAGAACUUGAAGAGUUUUAGUGUUAAAGUCAUUCUGCAUCAUAUCUCUAUCAGUGAAGUUUAUUGCAGGGCAACUUCUCCAAUUGUGUCAUGGAAGAGUGGAAAAAAAUUGCCAUUACACAAGUUUGCCUCACAAAAAGUCACAACGUCCAAGAUUCUCAUAUGAGACGUGCAUAUUUAUUGUGACCCUCCUCAUGUACUUCACC